GCGAGGACACGGACAUACAGGUGGGAAACAACGACGCCAUUGUCGUUGCGACAGGAUUGCGGUAUUACGCUUCUACGCUCAUUGAAUCAUGUCGUGUGUUAGCGGAGGCCUACUUGGGUUCAGAUUAAUCGUACUUUGGAUAGCUGUAGCACAUCACACAGCAUUGGCACUGUCAACUGAAUGUAAUGCAGCACUUGGUUUCGAGAAUGGCAACAUCACUGAUGAUCAGUUGUCAGCCUCAUCCCCAUGGCAAGCACAACAGGCGAGGCUCAAUGUUGGAGACGGUUGGAAUGUCGACCAAAAGGGUACAGAAUACCUCAAGGUUGACCUGUUAACUCAACAUAGGGUGACGGGCUUCUCAGUCCAGGGCAGCAAACGUGGCUGGUUUCCCAAAUCAGUCUACAUCUUCUACAGCCAAGAUAGUCUUGCCUGGAAGAGAUAUGUAACCAGCAGUGGGGCACAGGAACUGGAGGGACCGCCUGAUUCUCAGACUGUUCUGAAACACGAGUUGAAGCCUACUAUACAGGCCAGGUACCUAGCGUACCUGCCAACAAUGAGGACAUACAAUUCCUAUGUUGGACUUCGCUUGGAGUUGUAUGGAUGUGAAGCAGAGGAACAGAUCUCCGUCAGACAUACAGUCGUAUCCCAGGACAUAGAGGACACAGAAGAAUGGCUGCCGAGUCAAAGUCCAUAUGUUAUAAACUCAGUGAUCUACAUUCGACCAUCAGGACAUGUAACAAUUCCAGCCGGGGGUCAACGUUAUAUUUAAUUCACACAAUGCAGGAUUGGUAGUUCUUGGCACUUUGGAGGCUGUUGGGUUCAGCAGGGUUCCUGUAGUUUUUACGGCUUCGUCUUCCUUCACAAACCGGACAAGCAUGUGGAGUGGUCUUGAGGUUGUCAGUGAAGGGAAUUUGACAAUGGAAUUCAGCAACGUAUAUGGAGCAGUCGCCGGCAUCAAGGGAUCUCUGGCUUCCAUUACCUUAAGGCAUUGUCACAUCCACCAUAACUACAGAGGACUAUAUUUACUUCUUGGAGGUACAAACCAAACUAGAGUUCAGCUGUCUGGAACCAUCGUGUCAGACAAUUCAGUGGAGGGAAUUUACGGGAGAUAUUGGGAUGGAGGAAGUAACUUCAUUGGCAUGAAAGACUGUGAUAUCUUGCGUAAUGGAAAUAAUGGCCUGACAUUCGAUAGAGAAGUAGUCCUGUCUGCUGAGAACUGUAGAAUAUCACAUAACAGACGUUAUGGGAUAUACCAUUACUACAAUGGAGGUAUGGGUACUAUGAUAAAGGGAUGUACCUUUGAGAACAAUGGAUUAAGCGGUUUUGCUCUAGAUAUUGCAAGAUAUGGGACACAAAUGAACAUGACCUUUCUGGAUUCUUAUUUUACAGAAAACCAAAAUAGUGGACUGCUCCUAGAUGUUCAUAAACCAGUGUCAGAUAUGCAAAUUUCUAUUAUAAAUUCUCACUUCACCAAUAAUAGACACUACGGUGUCCAUAUUAAUGCCUAUUUAUUAAAAACCGUGCCAACAAUAGUAUUGCGAGGUAACACACUGGAAGGUACAAAGACGGCUUCUCCUUACACGUUAAUGCGUCUUCAAUGUCAUUCAACAGAGAUUCCAGCAAAAGUUUUCAUUGAAGAUAAUAUUUUCUCAAAACGUUCAGCAUUGUACACUGACAUUACCUCAAGAAAUGGAAGUAACGCUAUCAUUUCCGGAAACUGGUUCAUAAAUUGUUCAACAACAUCAGUGAUACACACAAAGAACGCUGGAGUUGAAAUCCACAACAAUGUCUUCCUGAAUCCCCAUGCACGGUACGAUGUGUUUGUUGAUGUAUCCUAUGCUGAAGACCAGUGGUUGAAUGCAAGUCACAAUUUCUGGGGAAGCAAUGACAAGUUCUUUGUUCGAUCCAGAAUAUGUGAUUUUUUCUGUGAUGUCUCGAAAUUGAUGGCUGAAGUGCAUCCGUUCUACGUUUCUCAGCUUCUCUCUGAUGUCUCGCCUGAGGUGGACUCUCACAUGUUCUCUUAUAAUGAAACAGAAAACACGCUUGGAGGAAUACUGAAUGACUCUAUCACUUUUCCACCAAAUGAACUUUUGUACGUAAACAGAAAUCUGUUCAUUCCAGUUGGGAUGCAACUAACCAUUGAAGAGAAUACUACAUUGGUAUUUCCAAACAAACAUGGUAUUGUCGUCAAAGGUAUAUUAGCAACUCGCGGGAAGGCAGACGGCAAGGUUGAACUUCGAGGUGACAGCACUGACAGUUUGCAACUCUGGAGCGGUAUCUUCAUCUAUGCUACAGGGUCAUCACUUGAGCACACCAUAUUGAGACAAGCAACUACUGGGAUAUCUUUGUUUACUGAACGCUCUGGAAUGCUGGUCUUGACAGACAUCACAGUAACACAGUGCACAUAUUCUAUCAGGGGACGAUUUUGGUCUGAUUUCGUUCUUUCCCUUGAAAGAGUGCAAAUGAAUGAUUCCGAUCGGGGCUUGUAUUUGGACGCACUGGGUGUUGGCACUGUAUCAGUAGCUAUUGGGCAUAGUAGUAUUCAUGUUGUCAGGUUUGCCAUAGAUCUACAGUCACGUACGGGCCAGUUCAACGUUAGUCUUUAUUCGUCACACUUGUCAUCCGCAUGGACUGUGCUUAAAAUCGUAUGCUUGUCAAAUGUUACCAUGAGCCUUCAUGACUCCAAGAUUGAACAUGUAAAUAAUCAUGAUUCUCUUGAUGUUUCUGCCCGGCUCUUGAACAUACAUUUAAGACGAAUAAACGUGAAGGGAUUAACAUCCUUGACCACUUCCAUGCAGCAGCUGCCAGACUCUUAUCAAGGUACAAUCAAAAUCCAGGAUUCUAUCUUCAGUUGUGAUUGCUAUCGUCAUGUUCUAGAUGCAGGAAAUACGUAUGAUUAUACAACUGCACAUGCACAUGAUGUUAUACUUGUGAACAACACAUUCCAAACACAGAAUGGUGAUGUUUAUCUCAGUGUUCCGAGAUACUCGCUUCCUUGGGGUUUAAUACUGGAACAGAACAUGUUCAAAUGUAGUUUAAACAUGAGAGGAAACAUCGGAAAUGCGUCUAUAAAGGAAAACACCUUUCAAUUCCCAAUGUGAGCAAUGACGAUUCACGUUCAACGUUCAGAUGAUGGUUUCACAGAAAUCGCUGGAAAUGUUUUUAAUGGUGGUAGUGUUUCACUGGAGUCUGGCAGAGAUGGUGAAGUGUUUGUGAAUGAAACAUGGUCAACACUUCGCAAUCUGCGCCCGAACGAGGCUGUGCUUGUGUGUCAGGCAUUAGGAUAUGGGUCACCGGAGCUUACGAUUAAAGACAAUGGAGCUUUUGGUCAUGGGCAAGGACCAGUUAUUCAAAAUCUGCAAUGUGACAGCAUUGCAAGGUCUCUGUUGGAAUGUCAACCAUCCUAUUGCACUUCCUGUAGCCAUAAACAUGAUGUUGGUAUCAUAUGUAACCAGUUUGUUGGUCCAACAGGUAUCCAUCCAAAUUCUUAUCUAGAAAGAGUUUCAAUCCUGGACUCUAAGAGAGGUCUUGUGGUACAGACACCAACAGUCCGUCUGUCUAACUGUCACAUCAACAAUACGGAGGGUGCAGGACUGACGAUCCAGACCGAUUUCAUAGAACUUGACCUGAAUGGGACAGUUGUCGAACAUGGACAGUCAACAGGAAUAUUCACUGAAACCAGGAAAGGUCUCCAUAUCUUUAAUGGUACAACUCAACACAAUCUUGGCAGUGGAAUACUGCUUUCUGGAGAACUGGUUGAUGCAACGGUUGAAAAAAUGAACAUCCUCAAUAACAAUCUCCAUGGAAUAGAGAAUUAUUAUAUAGUCAAGUAUUAUACUGACAGGAAAACUCAAAUAUCUGUAAAACAAAACAAUUUUGAAAGUGACACUAUGAAAGGCAUAGCACUAAAACUUAAACUUGACCAGUAUUAUAGAAACAUAGAAGUACUUGUUGAAAAGAACAUCUUUAGGAUUAAUGCAGUUUCUGUGGAUGUAAGCAUGAUUGCUUCUGGUUACAAUACAAAAAGCUGUGUCAUCAAACACAAUAGAUUUCUUUCAAGUGGCCCUAUUACAAUUAAUGCACAGUUGGUUUCUUUCGAGGGAAAUACUGCUCGAGAUUCUUCCGGAGGUGAAAAUUGUUUCUUAACACUUGAUGUGAAUAAUUGGUAUUCCUUAAACCAACAUCAGGUUGUCAGCGUCUUCACAAACAGUUUCAAUAACAUAUCAGGCAAAUGUGUUGUCUUGUUAAAAUCAUCAGAUAAUGAAUUUAAUGGAACAUUCAAUUAUAACCAAAUAUCCAACUCAACUUCUAAAGAAGCAGCAGUCAUGUUAAACUCAAAGCAUUUUAACUUCCUCGGUAAUUUGUUUGAUAAUCCUAUUUCUGACUAUGAACUUAAGGUUCUGAAGACAGGAGAGGAGGAGGUUAAAGCUGAGCAUAAUUGGUGGGGUAGUACUGAUCCAUAUAUUGUCAAUCAAAGAAUUCUUCACAAGGAUCACGUCAAGAUGCUUCUUAAGGUGGACUACCUUCCACUCCUCACUUAUCAGAAGUUCGACUGUUUGGGGGUAAACAACUGCAGUGAUAAGGGUGUAUGUGUUCGUCCAAACGGAUGUAGAUGUGACUCAGGAUGGGGUGGUGCAGACUGCUCUGACUUCGACUGCUCUGAUGUUAGCAAUUGUAACAGGAAUGGUGUCUGCAUGGGGCCAAACCAGUGCAACUGUUCACUGGGAUGGGAGGGUGCAACGUGUGUGCUUGCCACAUGCCACGAAGUUCAUGACUGUGGUGGAAGUCAAAGAGGAUACUGUGUGUUGCCUGAGAAGUGUACAUGUUUCCCCGACUACAGCGGAGAUGACUGCAUGCAAUGUGCACAGUCAAGAUGGGGAGAGAGUUGUCUCCCCUGUCCUCGAUGCAAUCACGGAUCGUGCAACGUCACAAAUGGUAUAUGCCAUUGCAUUGGUGAAAACUGGUCGGGAGAAUUAUGUGACACAUGCACUGAGACGUUUUAUGGCCCCGCCUGUCUUCCAUACAUCAACGUGCUGAACAUCAUCCCUAGAUCCGGUCCUGACACUGGAGGAAGAGACGUGCAUAUCUGGGGCCACAACUUCCCCGAGACAGGGAACAACAUCUUCCUCUGCAGAUUUGACACCAUCGUGGUGAAUGGAACACGUCUGUCCAAAGAACAUAUAGUUUGUAAACAUCCUCAGCAUCCAGCAGGCGUCAUCAGUGUAGAAAUAUCUCCUGACGGGGAACACUUUACCACAAAUCAGACUCAGUUCACCUACUAUGAAGUUUGUCCGCCUGGAGCCUGUGGGAAGACGGAUAAUCCUCCUCAUGGCCACUGUCUCUAUGGUGGAUGUGUAUGCCUGUUGCCCUGGUCAGGGAGGAACUGCAGUGUCGAGUUGAAGGCACCGAUUAUCUCCCUUAGUGCACAAACACCGGUUGUUGCUGAAGGUGAUGCAUUUUCGUUACAACCAGUGUUGAGCCAGGGCAGUGUUCCGAUCGAUUGGUACCUGUCUGGAGCCCCAUCUGAGAUGACCAUUGACCUCAGCAAUGGACGUAUCCUGUGGGAGAGAGCUGUGGCCAAUGUCCAGCCAUUGAACAUCUCUGUCAGGGCUUCAAACUAUAUUGGACACUCGGAGGUUCAGUUGUCCCUGACAGUAAAGUUAUCCUACAACGUCACAAUAGAUGUUUUGACACCGAGCGGAGUGCUUACUGUUCCAAAAGCCAUACAAAUCAAGGGACAUGUCACUUUCUUCAGCGCUAAUAGACAGUCAUCAAUUGUCUUUGUGGAUGUCAAGAUACGGAAUAAAGAUAAGACCAAGAGUCUGCUUGUUUUAACAUCUUCCACUGAUCAAGGGCACUUCGAAACACUGUACUAUCCAAUGGCUGGGGACAGCGGACAGUUUGACGUUGAUGGCCGCCAUCCUGCAGACACCGGGUUCUCUCGUCAGACAUCUUGGAGUGUGUUGGGGAUGAAGUGUGUGCCUGGAUAUGUGAACCGACAGGCCUACCUAGAUACAGAAGUGGUGGAGAUGCCAGACAUUACUUCGCUUAAGAAUGAUGGCGUCGAUCCUAUCAGCAAUAUCUCUUUCACAGUUGAAGGUGCUGGUGGGCCACUAUCAUCAGCAGUUGUGCGAACAGGAAACAUAGCAUCAGCCAAUACCUCAAUAAUCGCAUUUUUGAACAGAGGUGAAGAUACGUCCAUAGAUCUAGUACUGACAGCCUCGAGUCCUCUCCGUGGAACUAUUGCCAUUGUGUUCAGUACACCGGAUGGAACAACGGCCAGAGUGACAGUAGGACUACAGCUGAAUGUCCGAAAACCUUUUUUGGUCCUCUCACCAACAUCCCUGUCUGAAAGUGUCCCGAGAAGAACACAGAAAACGUUCCAGAUCAAUAUCAAGAAUGAAGGUGAAGUGUCAGCCAAAUCCCUCAGAGUAGCAAUGCCGUCUGAAUCAAGACUUACAAUGUCUGCAUUCUCAUCAGAGACAACACUGGACUCUGCAGAUGGCCUUGACCUUCAACCAAAUGAGACCGCCAUAUUGAUAUUGACAUUCACGACCGGUGCAGCUGACAGUUUGGGGCAAUUCACUGGCAGCGUGGCUCUGAACUCCGAUCUCUUCUCUGCAAGUAUCCCUUUCACAUUCUAUGUGACAUCCCAGGAGACACUGAACAUCACAGUUCGCGUCGAGGAUGAGUACACAUACUUUGCUACAGGCAAACCCUUGGUAUCAGGAGCUGUGGUGACACUACAGAACCCUAGAAGAGGUUACAGGCAACAACGAACGACUACCAAUCAAACAGAGUUCGUGGUGUUUGAGGAUGCUAGUGAGGAUCGGUACUCUCUGACAGUAUCAGCUCCAGGGCAUGGAUCCUACUCGGCCGUGAUCAUCGCAAAGCCCUCAGACUCCUCCUUCACCAUCUUCCUGCAGAGAGUGGCUGUGAAAUACAGCUGGACUGUCACUCCUACAACCUUCGAGGACAAAUACAUCGUCACACUUGAAUCCACAUAUGAGACGCAGGUACCCAUGCCAGUUGUGACAGUGGAGCCUGCUAAAGUAAACAUCAUACCCUAUGAGACAGGGGUGAGAAAUGUGAUCAACUUCAACGUCACCAACCAUGGCCUCAUCAGGGCAGACAAUGUCAGGUUCAUCCUUCCAAGUCAUUCCACUCUUGUUUUCACACAGAAUAUUGAUCCAAUUGGAUUUCUUGAAGCCAACACAAGCAUCAUUGUCCCCGUUUCUGUUACACUGAAGACAUGCGUGAAGCGAAGCUCAGCGGGUUGUGGUUUGAAAAUGCUGUAUGAUGUAUUUUGUGGUGGAACAAGAACGGGGGGUCAGGAUAUAACGCUGACCAGAGAGCUCCCAGGACGACCCCCCUUGCCCUGUAGGAGUGGCGGAAGUGGUACUCCGGGAAACAAUGAUGGAUACGUAAUUGGCCGUGGAUCUAGAGGAUCCUCAAUCACGUCGCUGGGUGGACGCACCACUGCACAUCCGGCCAUCACACCAAUAGAAUACAAACCUGUGACCCCACUCACCUGUGACUGUUUAAAUGCGCUUAUAAAGGAUUGCCUCCUACCGUUCGUCCCUGGAGGUAGUUGUGUUGGGGCCAUGUUGGAUCUAGGAGGCCCUAAAAGUUUCUUCGGACACAUCAUGGACAUUAUCAAACUUGCAGACGCGUGUACGAUAAAACCUACUACGGUUUUAGGAACGCUGGAACAGCUUAUAAAAUGCUUAUAUGAAGCGGACAAACACUGCCCAUCCCGUCGAGACACUGAUGGAGAGGUGACUCAAGGAGUUGUGAAACGAAACACAGCUCUCAGGAACUACAUGGUCAUGCUGGAGGAGGUGUUUGGACACGAGAAUCCGUUUGAUGUGUAUGACAACAGUUGGGGAAAUUCCUUCAAUCUGGCUCUGGCUGAUGAUAGUGCUGGAGGAAGUUCCCUCUCUUCCAGUGAGAUCGCGUCAAUUGUGUCUCCUCUAAACUCCACAAGGGGUCAGCUUGUAGAGAGAUUCCUGCUACGAUGGAACAAAACAAUGACAGCUUGGGAAGAUGGAACACUUGCGUCACUGGGUCAAACAGAUGACACUAUUUCUUACAAUGUCAUAAUGUCUAGAUUUGAGCAGUUCAAGACUGAUACUCAAAAUGCAAAACAGAGAGGGUUUGACUCAAUAUUUGAAGAUUUCGACAAUGCCGUAGAUGUCUUUCAAGAAAAGGAGAAACAGAAGAAUGGCAAGGACGAUGGUAUCUGUGCAAAAGUUCGAGUGCGUAUUGUACAGGAACUAGUACUAACAAGAGAUGCUUUCAAUGCCCGCUUAGAGAUAGAAAAUGGCGAACAAUCUUCCCUGGACAAUAUUCGCGUCACCGUUAACAUCAGGGCAACAUAUGGAGAUGCAUCUUCUACAAAUGAUAAAUUUUCAGUGGGUUCCCCAACUUUAAAUGGCCUAACUGGAGUAGAUGGUACAGGUAGGCUGGAGACAGAGGUGUCCGGUUCAGCAGAGUGGUUGAUCAUUCCCUACUCCACAGCAGCAGUCAGGGAGGACACACUGUAUGAUGUCGGGGGGAUCCUUUCCUAUACAGUAGAUGGUUCCAACUUCACCAUCCAUCUGCUACCUGACACCAUUACAGUGAAACCCAAUCCCAGCCUCACCAUCAAUUACUUCCAUGAGAAAUACGUCCAGGGAGAUGACCCGAUGACUUCAGAGGUGGUGGAGCCAAAUGUUCCCUUCACACUGGCGGUCAUGGUCACCAAUGGGGCAUAUGGUAUAGCCAGACAGCUGAAGAUAACGUCUGCUCAGCCAGAGAUCAUUGAAAAUGAAAGGGGACUCUUGAUCUCGUUCAAGAUCAUCGGAGCGCAGUUGGAAAAGAAACCAGUCAGGCCCUCUCUGUCCAUAGACUUUGGAGAUAUCGAAUCCUUUGAAACCAAAACUGCUCGCUGGCUUCUGACAUCCUCCCUUAGAGGAAAGUUCUAUAAUUUCACAGCUACCUUUGAGAACAUAAACCCUCUUGGUGACCCUCAGUUGUCAAUCAUGGAGCACGUCGGUUAUCAUGAACUGGUCCAUCUGGUAAGACUUGAAUCUACAAAAGACGUAAGAGAUGACUUCCUUGUAAAUGAUGUCAUAGAUGAAGAUGAACUGCCUGAAGUUGUCUAUGAUAGUUCGAAUGGAUUCGUUUCAGCAACAGUCCUUCCCACAACUGUUAAGACAUUUAGUUUAGAAAUGACUAUGACAGUGGGAACAAGAUCAUACAGUUUCGUAAAUCUAUCGGUAAUAUUUGGAAAUAUGUCAGACACAAACUAUACCUACACGCGCCUGGUGAACAAUGAAACGAGAGACAGCGUGAAUGAAACACUGUUGGAGGUGACCCGACAUGAUGGCAAGAGUAUCCUUGUUGGACCUAAUGCCUGGCAGACUUCUCAUUACCAUGAUAAGUUUUACUUGCAUAUAUUUGACCAUCACAGGAACAUACCCGAAACUGCCUCAGCCUCUUAUUCGCUGGUAUUCGGUCCAAAGAAUAUACACAAGCCAAUGUUUAAACAAGAUGGCUAUCAAAUAUUUGUCUACUCUGGUGAACAGCCAGGUCCCAUUUUGAAAGUCCAAGCUGUGGAUGAAGACCGCGACACUGUGCUACGUUACAUGCUUAUGGAAUCAUCUUUGUUUGCUAUCCAUCAACAGAGUGGACAAAUCAGAAGUCUUGAACCACUGCAAACUGGAUUGUAUAACCUAUCUGUAGCAGUAACUGACGAUGGUGUUCCGGCAUUCAAUGCAUCAGUCCAUGUCUUGGUAGAGGUUGGUGUCAACAUUACAGUUACAUCUGACCGAACGCUUGGUACAACACCAACAACAUUUUCACCUGGAGAUAGGAUAAUGCCUUCAGUUUCUACUGAAUGGCUGAUUUUACCCUCCAUCAAUGGUCCAAUGGAUUCACCGUUUUCCACUGAAAAGGCAACAGUUUCCUUUUCCCCCUCUCAAAAGCAACAAUUCCUAUCCAAUUCCAUCAAAGCGUCUACGUUGUCAUUAGUGUCUAUCAAUGGAUCAAAGUCAUUGUCAUCGCCUAUUGAAAGAUCAACCUCCUCUGAAGGGCAGAUAUUCGCACCAGCAUCAUUCAUAACGCCCAAACCGUCAAUGCUUUCCACUGAAUGGGGGGCAUCCCGGCCAAUUCCCACCAAAGAGUCAACGUUUUCACUGGUUUCCAAUGAAUGGCUGUCAUUAUCAUCAAUGUCUUUACCUGAAAGGCCAACAUCAACAUCCAACGCUGUUCCAACAUCAUUUUCAAGUGGGUGGCAGACAGUACUACCAGUUUCAAUCGACGAGCCAGUUUUGACUGACUGGCAAGCAUCAUCAUCAGUUUCCACCGAAGGCCUUGCAGCUUCCCUAGUUUUUGAUGAAAGAUCAACAUCCUUUGAAGAGCAGACAUUCCCAUCAAAUUCCAUCGAAGGGUCCAUGACAUCAUUAUUUUCCAAGGAAGGAUCGCGUACACAAGUGCCUGUGUCUUCCAUAAUCUCUACUUUAGGACUAAUAUCUUCAUCAGUGAUGCCUAAAGAGUCGAUCAGCCUCGGGCCAUCAAGUUCGACGCUUUCCUCACAACCUACACCAGGAACAACGUCUGGUUCCCGUAGGAACACAUGUAUCAAUUUCAUUUAUAUGCAAGUAAUGUUUGUAUCAUUGUAUAGUCUUGUGUAUAGUUAUGCCAUGUGCAUCAUUCUUUGUUGAAUUAUUUGUAUCGAGUACUUUGUUAGAGAGUUAAAUGAUAUAUAUUUGAUAUAUCUAUUUGAAAAUCCAUAAGCCUUAUAUAGUAGAUAAUCUUUGAAGUCUUACAGCUCUUUACUAUUGUGCACAUUAUAGAUUGAUACAUAAAUAACAGAGCUCAGAUAACACUUUAGUGGUUGAAAUAGUGUAUAUAUAUUUGCAAAACUUCUGUUACUUUUCAGGCUGAACGUCUCUGACAACCAUAUUCUACGCAAUAUUAAACCUGAUUAAAAGUGCAGCUUUAAUAUGUUAAGCUAAAUAGUCUUUGAGCAAUUCUCCCUCAAUACUGAGCAAAGUAUGAUAAUGACUGGUCCAUCUCCGGCUUUGGUAUAUCAAUAUCAAAGCAUCAUUGUCGAUAUUGCCAUUAAAGUAAAGCUAUCACAACGUUUAAUACGCUAAGAGGCGAGGUGCGAUGAAAGGGGUUUUAACGUCGCGUUACAAGAUUAUUGCACUUUAUAUAGCGACGUGCAAGUACGUGUGUGUGUGUGCGUGCGUGUCUUUGUGUGUGGCUGCUUGUGAUAGUCCGGACUAACGCUGAUUUUAUAGUGCUAGCCCACUGAGAUACGAUGCCGCAGUUUAACAUGGAUACCACACUCAGACACAGCAUACUGACCCCUAGCCGACCACUUCUUGAUUUAGUCCCUUAAUGGCAAGCUCCAAGCAGCGUAACAAGUCGUUUGGUAUGACACGGCCGGGGAUCGAACCUUCCGCUCUCCGGGCGGACGCUCAACCACUAUACCACGGAGGUGGUUUAUUACACAAAGAAAUUGUGUGAUGAUUAUAUCACAUGUAUUAUGUUAGCCAUGUUAUUCACGAAUUCAUCUAGCUAUAUAUAACACUUAUAGACUUAUACUCGUUUUAUUACAAUAUGUAUACACUGUCCCAAAUCUUAAAAAUAAUUUAUAAGAGACACUAUCUCAGUACAAAACAGGAUGCAAAUGCUAGUGCUCCCGAUAUUUCGAAAUUUUACAAGUAUUUUAUCACAUUUCCCUACAUUAAUUGCAAGACCUAGAUUUUUCAGUAUGCUGGGAUAAUAGGCAUUGAAUUUAAAUCCUAUAAGAAGUCAAGGUAAAUGGGAUGAAUUGUAUGAUGAUUAUAUUACAUGUAUUAUGUUAGCCAUGUUAUUCAAGAAUUCAACUUCUUAUAUUACAUGAAUUAUGUUAGCCAUGUUAUACAAGAAUUCAUUUACUUAUAUUACAUGUAUUAUGUUAGCCAUGUUAUUCAAGAAUUCAUCUACUUAUAUUGCAUGUAUUAUGUUAGCCAUGUUAUUCAAGAAUUCUUCUACUUAUAUUACAUGUAUUAUGUUAGCCA